UCUCUAUUUUCUAGUGACCAUGAUGGAGAAAACUCAAAGAAUUUAUCUUCUCUUUCUAUCUCUUUUAUCCAUAGCUACAAUGUCACAUUGUCGUGUGCUGCUUCAUGUUGACCCACAAUCUGACGUCGGUGGCCCUCAAAUGGUUAUCCCACCUCCUCCUCCUCACAAAAAUCAACAAUUUGAUGUUGGCAGACCUGAAAUGGUCAUUCGACCCCGUUCUCAUCAUCUUGAUUCAUACAUUGGUGGCCCACAAAUGGUCAAUCCACCACCUUCACCCCACAAAUUUCCACAAUCCGACGUCGGCGUGCCUCAAAUGGUCAUUCCACCCCCUCCACCACACCAUCGUCUUGAUUCAGACAUUGGUGGCCCUCAAAUGGUCAUCCCACCACCUCCACCGCACAAACAUCCACAAUUUGAUGUCGGAGGCCCUCAAAUGGUUAUCCCACCUCCUUCACCGCACAAACUACCACAAUCCGAUGUUGGCGGGCCUCAAAUGGUCAUACCACCACCUCCACCACAUCAUCAUCUUGAUUCUGAUGUUGGUGGCCCUCAAAUGGUUAUCCCACCACCUCCACCACAUAAAUUUCCUCAAUCUGAUGUUGGCGGGCCUCAAAUGGUCAUUCCACCCCCUCCACCACACCAUCAUCUUGAUUCCGAUGUUGACGGCCCUCAAAUGAUUAUUCCCCCUCCUCCACCCAUCAUAUUCGCCUUUAGUCGAACAUCGUCGACGACCCCCAAAUGGUCAUCCCAGCGCCUCCUUCACAUGUUUCAUCCACAAAUUAAUAUUUAGUGAUAUCAUAACGAUAAUCCUCUACCACCUCUAAAGCAAUUUUUAUUGCAUCCAAUCUGAUCACAUCUCUAGAUGUGUGAUUCAUUU